AUAAUCUAGAAAUACUAAUGAUAUAGUUUUAGAAGAAGAAAAAAAAGUGUUUCAAAAUGAUUCCUUUAUUCAAUCCCUAACACCCACUUUUAUUUAGCUAUCAAAUUAUUUAGAACAUACUUAACAUUUGUUUUUUUACUUUUUUAAGUGUUUUGCUUGUAUUUGAAGGUUAGUUUGAGUAUCAGAAAUAUACUUUAAAAAUAAUGGCAUUUAUUUGGGCUCUAAAUGUUUUAAUUAAAUUAAACACUUCUAUUUAUAUCGGAACAAAUAUUGUUGUUGAUAGAGAAAAAAUAAUUGCUAAUUACAUCAAAAAAAAUGCUUUAAAUGAUUUACUGCCGUUUGUUUCACUUAUUUUGAUUCAAAGUAGUGAAUCAAUAAAUUUUUAUUUAGCAAUCAUAAGUUUUGUAAAAGUUAGAAAUAUUAAAGAAGAAAAUGAAGAUAUCUAAAGACAGCUCUGUAUAGCAGUGAAAAAAUAUUUUAGUAUUUAGCUUAUUAAUCUUGUUUUUAAAUUAUUUAUGAUAGCUCAUGUUAUUGCUUGUAUGUGGCAACUAAUUUUGGUUAUUGAAAGGAAAUAUUUAAAUGUAGAAGUUGAAUCAACUUCAACUAUCAUUCCUGAUAAUAGGUCGUGGUGGAUUGUAUAUUUAGAGUCUUUGUAUUGGUCUUUAACACUGAUGGCUACAGGAUCAAAUUUAGCUAAUACUCCUCUAUCAGUAAGCUUUACUUGUCUUAAUAUGUUGAUAACAACAGUCAUAUUUGGUUAUUUAAUAAAUGUCAUUGGUGUUAUGCUUUCAGCUAUUGAUGAACAGGAAUAAAUGCAAAGAAGAGAUAUUAAUAUCAUAAAUGACUACAUGAGAAAACGUUGUAUUAGCAAAAACCUUUAAAGAAGAGUUAACAUAGAUUUAGAAUACUUUUAUCAAAAAAAUUAUAAGAAAAUAUCAGAAGAAAAUGAGUAAGUGCUCUCUAAAAUCUCAACUCACUUGAGUGAGUAGAUUCAUAGAGAAUACUAUGGAAGGAUACUUAAAAAAAUAUAAUACAUCUCUAAAUAUUUUAGUGAACAGACACAUAAUAAGAUCAUAGAUUGUAUAGAGGAACUAUACUAUCUACCAAAUCAAAUUAUAUUUAGAGAAGAUUAAAAUAGUGAUUUUUCUUUGAUGUAUAUAGCAGAAGGGAGUGUUGAAUUAUCUAGAUAAGUUUCAGCUGAGUCUCAAAUAUCUAAAACUUUAGCCGUGCUAGGUUAAGAAUGUAUUUUCGGUUAACAUAGUUUCUUUACUGGUCAUGUUAGGGGUGCUUGUGCUAAAUCUAAAGCAUUUACUACUAUAAUAAAGAUUUCAAGAGAUAAAUUUUUAAAUGUAAUCCAACAGAAUGAAAAAGAUUACGAGUAAUUCUGCCAAAUUAAAGAUGACAUCAUGAUUUAUAAAAACUAUGAAAAAAUAUAAGUCAAAUGUUUCACAUGCAAUAAAUUUAAUCAUUAUUCAAGUGAUUGUCCAUUGACCCAUUUUGAUAGAGAAGAUUUUUACGGUAAUAUGAGCCAUUACUAAAAGGUUGAGUAAUUUAGGAAGUAUAAAGAAAGAAAUAAAAAGAAAAAAACAAAUACCUUAUUAAUUACUCAACAAGUUAAGGAUGCUUCAAAUUAAAUGGUAUAAAUUGAAUUUAAAGAAUAUAUUGAAGAAGUAGAGAAAAUAAAAGAUUAUCCAGUCACAGAAUUAGAUACAGAAGAAGAAAGCGAAAGUGAAUUUUAGAGCAAAAUUAAAAGUAGAGAAGAGUUUGCAUCAAAAUAGAGAAAUUCUGUUUUAGUUCAAAGUAUGAAUGAACUAUAAGAGUUUUCAGAGUCAAAAAAAUCUUAAAGGCUAAUAUAAGAAGCUAAAUCAAAGCUUUAAAUAAGUGGAAAAGAUGAAUUUGGAUAAAUUUAGGAACGAUUAGAGAACUAAAGAUCUUCUAUUAAUAAUAUUUUGGAAAGCAAUAAUUAUCAACUCUAAGAUAUGAAAGCUUCAAUGCCAAAUAAGGGUAGCAUAAAAAGAAUAGAAUUUAUGGAUAGAGAUGCAUAAUAAUCUAUAGAUAAACGGAACCAAAAUAACAUUUAAAAGUUAUUUUAAGACAGUUAGUUUAAAUUAGAUUUCUUAGUUUAUUUUGAUAAAGCUAAAGAGUUUUAAAUUUAUUACCCAAAUGGAAAUUAUAGGAUUUUAAUUAAUAAAUAUAAUAGGGCUAUGAAAAAGUCUUUAAAAAAAAAGAAGUAAAAUAAAAAAAAUUGAUUUUUAUUGCAUUAAAGGAUUGCUUAUCUUAAAUUGAUUACAUUAAAUAUAAAUAAGUGAGUUUUUAUAUGUUUUUUUAUAAGUGUUGGUAUUUUAGUUAGUAAAAACA